CGGGAAGAGCUGCAGGGAAACACCGACAGUGCAGCGGCCAGUCUCUGGGCUCAUACAAACCAUCUCUCCAUCUGAAGAGCACGCAUAGGCCUGACAGCUGACAUGACAUCCCGCAGAUGGUUUCAUCCAAAUAUCAGUGGUCAAGAGGCAGAGACAUUACUUCUGACCAAUGGAGGACAUGGAAGUUUCCUGGCACGUCCUAGCAAGAGCAAUCCUGGGGACUUCACUCUUUCUGUUAGGAGACACAAUGAAGUCACACACAUCAAAAUCCAGAAUACUGGAGACUAUUAUGACCUCUAUGGUGGAGAGACAUUUGCUACUCUGGCAGAACUGGUGCAGUAUUACACAGAGCAGCAAGGGCUUUUGCGUGAGAAGAAUGGGGAUGUCAUAGAGCUCAAGUACCCUCUGAACUCCCAGGAUCCUACAUCAGAAAGAUGGUAUCAUGGGCAUCUGUCUGGAAAGGAAGCAGAGAAGCUUCUGCUGGACAAGGGAAAGCCGGGCAGUUUCCUGGUGAGGGAGAGCCAGAGCAAACCUGGGGACUUUGUGCUGUCUGUCCUAACAAGUGAAGAGAAGCUGGAGAACGGAGAGAGGAAAUCCCGCGUCACACAUGUAAUGAUCCGAUUCCAGCCAGAUGGAAAAUAUGACGUUGGUGGAGGGGAACGCUUUGAUACUCUGACAGAUCUUCUGGAUCACUACAAGAAAAAUCCAAUGGUAGAAAAGUCUGGAGCUGUUGUGCACCUUAAACAGCCAUUCAAUGCUACACGAAUCAAUGCAGCCAAUAUUGAGACGCGUGUACGGGAACUAAACAAAACUGCAGACAACACUGAGAAGGCCAAGCAGGGAUUCUGGGAAGAGUUUGAGAUGCUGCAGCAGCAGGAGUGCAAACUGCUUUAUCCCAGGAAGGAGGGACAACGACCAGAGAACAAAAGCAAAAAUAGAUACAAGAACAUCCUGCCCUUUGACACCACAAGAGUGACUUUGCGAGACACUGAUGAGAGCGUAGCGGGAUCCGACUACAUCAAUGCCAAUUAUAUCAAGAGUACCCUAGAUGAAGCACGUGGGUCCCAGCAUUAUAAAGUAUACAUUGCUACGCAGGGCUGCCUGCAGAACACAGUGUGCGACUUCUGGGCCAUGGUAUACCAAGAAAACACCCAUGUUAUCGUGAUGACUACCAAAGAGGUGGAGCGUUCCAGGAAAAAAUGUUUUCGCUAUUGGCCAGAUGAGAAUUGCACCAAAGACUAUGGCUGCAUCCGAGUGCAGAGUCUAGAAGUGCAGCAGAAAAAGGACUAUAUCUUAAGAGAGCUGCAGAUAAGUCGAAUGGACAAGGUGGAGAGUCCACGUCCAAUUUGGCACUACCAGUACCUGAGCUGGCCAGACCAUGGGGUUCCGAUUGAGCCUGGUGGAGUGCUCAGUUUUCUGGAGGAGAUUAAUGCAGCCCAGAAAUAUAUUCCACAUUCUGGACCGAUAGUGGUGCACUGCAGUGCUGGUAUUGGGCGCACUGGAACAAUAAUAGUAAUAGAUAUGCUGGUGGAUAUUAUUAAUAGACAAGGUUUGGAUUGUGAUAUUGAUAUUCCAAAAACAAUUCAGAUGGUAAGGCAGCAGCGCUCAGGAAUGGUACAGACUGAGGCUCAGUAUAAAUUCAUUUACAUGGCUGUGCAGAAAUAUAUUGAGGUCAGGAAAAGACAUUUGGAGGAAGAACAGAUGGGAAAGCUAAAGGAGCGCGAGUAUACCAACAUUCAGUAUUCAGUGGGGGAGAGGGCCAGAACCAAAGCACAACCAGCUGCCGCCCAAAGCCAGCACAGGGUUAGUGAUGAUGCUGCUUGUGUCUAUGAAAAUCUGAACAUUAGAAGCACACACAUGUCAAGUACAAGUAAUGCUGGCAGAUAGAGCUUGGCUGCUGAAGAGACCCUCAGACUUGAGAACGAGACAUUACGUUUGGUCUCCACUUUCUGGCCACGGCUGUUUGGAGUUGCCCCCCAGUCCUGCAGCUUACCCCUGCCUAGCCCCCCGUGCCAGCUCCAGCAGAGGAGGCACAAGAGCGUGAGGAGGAGCGGAUGUGCAAUGAGGGAGAGCACACCUACAGUAACUUAUUAUGGAAGAACAAUCUUUUCUUUGUUGCCUCAAUGUUAUGGCAAAGUAUUUAUUUUAAGUGCCUCGGAGAGUCCACUGAGUUUUCAGUCUUUUUAUUUGUACUGUUUUACUCUUUGUUUUGUAGAAAUGGAUAAUAAAAUCUUUGUCUGUACAACA